CUUAGAAAAUGAAAGGAUCCUCAGUAAUCAAAGGUUUCCUUCUAAAUUAGAUCAUGAUUGGCGUCGGUUCCUAUGAGUAAAACAUAGAGUUACAUUUGAAACCUCAAGUUAUUGAUCUAUAUAUAUACAAAGACGGGGAUGGAGAUUUCAGAAGUUUCAUUUCGUUACAUUACCAGCUGAGCAUAGAAUUACAUUGGAGAAUGAAUGUGGUAGAUCAAUUUUAAUUAUUUAGAAGACAUGAAAUCCGGGAAAGAAAACUUAUAUUGAAGAAGCACUGUGAAUUUUUUUUAAAAUAAAAUUUUAUUGUGUUCUUUUUAAAAUCUAUAUAUAUUGAAAAGCCAAGCUAGAUAUUUGGUGGCGUAAAGGUGAAUAAUAGAGAGAACCAAAUACUUGCCUAAAUCGCUAAAGCCUCAUUAAUUAUAAAAGAGUAAUGUUAGGUAAAAAAUUAAAUGAUAAACAAGUGUUUUUAAUUCCAAGGCAUCUCUUGGCUCUAUAAAUACAUACCACAUAACCUCAUCGAAAGCAUCCACACACUUUCAUAUUCACAAAAUAAAGAAAAUGGCCUCAAAGAGCUCAACCACCAUUUCCCUCAUCAUCAUCCUCCUUAUCAGCCUCGCAGAAGCAGACCUCUUAAGCUCGCCUUCACCGACCAACAACUUUGGCACGUGCCCCAGAAACCCAUUGCAACUAGGCGUAUGUGCCAACGUCCUUGGCCUAGCCAAUGUUACAGCUGGAGACCCCAGAGCACGACAGUGUUGCACUGCCAUCAAUGGCCUCGCUGAUGUUCAAGUAGCCGAUUGUCUCUGCUUUAUCUUCAGGCCACUUCCUUUGGUUUUUGCAAUCGAUGAAGCUGUUAGAGAAAUCUUUUUUGCUUGCAAUAGGGUUUUUCCAAUCGGUUUCCAGUGCCCACCACCAACAGUAACCACCCCUUAAUUCCCCUAAUUCAGAGCCCUAUCCGGUGUUUACUUGCACUAUAAGUUUGCUGGCACCACAAGUAUGGGUUAUCUAUUAAUGUUUUACAGUGUUGGUGUGUGUUUCGUUGUUGAUUAGGACGUAAUUAUAAGGACUCUCGAUGUUUUAUUAAAAAGGACUGUAUGUUGUUAUGCAUAUCUAUUAAUGUCUAUGAAGAAUAAUAAUAAAUAAAGUAUAACACCUUGUGUCUC